CAUAUAUGGCAGUUUGCUAAUGUCGGGGCCUUUUGCCUCAGGCAAUGGUUUUUUAACGCACAGGCUAUUUUAGGGAAAAGCAACAGUUUACAGAGCCAGUCAAGUUUCGUUUCCACGUGUGUGCAUAUAGUUUGUUUAGGUAGUUAGUUCUAAACCACUUUUGUUGUUAUUUUUUGCGUAAGAAGUUUUUUGUCGGCUCUUCAAAAAGUUGUUCUUCUGGUCGGACCAGACCACCCCGUGUCGCAGUUGGGUGUCAAACGCGCAGGUUGAUACACAUGAUAGGCAAGAUGGCGGCAGGGAGGGGGCUCGGAGCGAGACCCGGACGUUUCAUCGCUGUCACCGCUCUUCUCCUGGCGGUUGGAUGCUCGACUGUGGCCGCAGGAAGUUCUGAUGCACCAUAUCUACUGGUGGCCAAUGCCUCUACUGUGAGCAAAGUCAGCCUGGAAAAUGGAUAUGUCCUGGACGUGUUACUCUCAGGGGAUGACAUCCAGCGUGCUGUGGCAGUUGGUGUAGAUAUAGAAGACAACUGGUUGUUCUGGACGGAUGUGAACUACGAUCGACGAGGCCUCUACCGUGCUCGACUAGAUGGUACAGGGGUGGAGCUUCUCGCAUCAGAAGAUAUCUACGAACCCAAUGGUGUAGGAGUGGACUGGUUGGCCAACAACAUCUACUUGACUGAUGCCCAGCAGGGAACCAUUGAGGUGAUCAAGUAUGAUGGAAGCAGCAAGAAGACAGUCAUCACUGGUCUGGAUAUCCCCAGAGGCAUUGCAGUGGAUCCAACAAAUGGGUACCUGUACUGGGGUGACCAAGGGAAGAAGACUAUUGAGCGCUCACGUAUGGACGGGUCAGACAGGGAAGUUCUUGUGGAUGACGGACUCUUCUGGCCAAACGAGAUGGUCAUUGACUAUAGGAGCAAGAAGCUGUACUGGGUAGAUGGCUACACCCGUCUGCUGGAGUGUUAUGACCUCCAGUACAGAACACACAGCCAAGUGGCCAACAUCACCAAUGUGGUGGGGAACAGUGUGUCCUUUGGCCUGGCUCUUCACAAUGAUAAGUUGUACUUCACAGUGUGGGAUGAAGGAGCUGUGUACUCCAUCCCUACCAGUGGUAGUAGUGAACCAACCCUACUGCUGCAGGGCCUCGGGGACCGACCAUUUGGUCUGCAGGCAGUGGACAGUAAUUCUCAGAACACACUGGAACAGGGUGCUUGUGGAGACAACAACGGGAUGUGCAGCCACUUGUGCCUCCCUACGGGUCGCUACAGCUACAAGUGUGCCUGUCCCAGCUAUGGGGGGAUGACCCUGGGGUCGGACAGGAGAACUUGUGAAGAACCUUCCAAGUUCCUUCUGUAUGCUGCUGGUGACACCGGACAUGUCAUGAUGCUGUCCCUGGAUACGAACGCCGGGCAGCGGCCGGUCAUCGUGGCACGGGGAGUGCGACCAGUCGCAGUGGAGUACGACCCGGUUGAGAAGCGGGUGUACUACAGUGAUAAUGGGAUGUUCCGGAUUUGUCGAGUGUUCCUCAAUGGUACAGGAUUUGAGGUAUUCCUGGAUGCUGGCAUUGGAGUUGUUGAUGGCAUGACUCUGGACUGGCGUAACAGGAAGCUUUACUUCACUAACAUGGGAACCCACUACUGGGGCGGAGGGUCUCCAUGGCAACGGGUGGAGAUGGUCGGCCUGGAUGGCAAGCAGAGGAGGAGGAUUGUGGAGAAGUCUUUGGACAAGCCUCGAGCUCUCGUGGUGGACACAGAGAGGGGAUACUUGUACUACUCUGACUGGGGAGAAGUUGCGAAGGUGGUGAAAGUCGAGCUGGAUGGUUCCAACGCCGUGGUCAUGAACCACAACGGGAUGCACAACCCCAACGGCCUGGCCCUGAGCGCCGGUCAGCUCUACAUCCUGGACUCCCACGCCCGGCUGGACGUGGUGACCGAGAACGGGACCCAGCUGGCCCCGGGAAGCCUGGACAAGAUUGACCUGGAUGACCAGAACGUCAGGAACACUAAUGACGGUCUGGGCCUGCAGACCCCAUUUGGCAUCUCUGUGAAGGGGAGCCAGAUUUUCAUCAGUGACUGGGGCACCAGCGCUAUCCACCUCAUCGACUCGGACACCAAUCAGAAGUCAGUAUUAGUCACGGACGUCGGCUCACCAAUGGGGGUGAAGUAUGCAGAACGUGAUGCGGCGCCAGUACAGAACCCCUGUCGGAGCCACGACUGCAGCGAUAUCUGCGUACCAACUCCAGCCCAGUCUUUCCGCUGCCUGUGUCCUGACAUAGGAGGCAAGGUGCUGGAUGACAAUGGAAAGAACUGCAGGAGACCAACCAAGUUCCUGCUGUUUGCCGACUAUGCUGAGAUCCGUAUGCUUGGCAUGGACACCCAGGACAGCUACGCCUACCCUGUGGUACAGAGGCACGAGUACUUCACUAACCUGGUGGCUGUCACCUAUGAUUCAAGGGAAGAAAACAUCUACUUCAGCAAUGUGGACAGUGGUAUGAUCAUGAGGGUUCACCUGAAUGGCACAGGUGCAUCGGUGGUGUACUCCAUGGCUGAUGUGGUGGAUGGACUUGCCAUUGAUCCCGUGGGACGUAAUCUGUACUGGACAGACUACACCAGUGGCACUGUGGAGAUGAUGCCUCUGGAUGGAAACGUUUCAUCCCAUGUAGAACUCAUCAGUGGACUGGACAAACCAAGGGCAAUCGGCUUGGAUCCAAACCAACGGUAUUUAUUUUUUCAUUGA